AUGUUUCCUCCGCUGUGUCACCGGGUCAGGAUAGCCAUAAAAGAUAAGGGCUGCAGCGGGUGCAGAAACAGCGUCGUGGCGUAUCACAUUUUAAACCUCAAGAAAAUCUCAAGCUUCGGCGAAUACGCAUUUUUACCCACGUUCGGACCGACCUUUGUCCAUUUCUACGGAAGCGGAAGCACUCGGGAAUGCGACUGUAUCGGAAAAUGCGUCGCUACCCUGCCGGCGCACAGAGGCCGUGUAUUGCUCGCUCUGAAAACCGAAAUCGACGACCCCGAGGCCCCUUCGACCCCCUUCGUUGAAGUCGAGCCUUGCAUACCGGUCAUAGAGAGGAGCUUUUGGGAGACUGAGGAGUAUCUUCUGGUGGGCAUCGUUUUCGACGUCUCGAUGAUAGACCGUGGAAAAUACUCGAGAAAGAAGAUCAGCUUUGAAAUAAGUCUUGGCAACGCUGGUAACAAGAUGCUUUCUUACAGCCAAUGCGUCGAGAGCAGCGGUGACGGGCUACUCGAAAGAGUAACUGCAGAAAAAAGCCCAGACUUUGAGAGCACAACGGUACCAACAGCUACGGCUACCAUGGACCGGAAGUACGACUACUUACCGUAUGCGGAAAAAAAACCGUGCAUGUACGUUAAGUCCUGGUGGCCCAACCUAGAGUGGAGAAUCUUCAACAGAAACGGGCUGGCUUCGAUUGCUCGCUUCCUUAGAAAGAAACUGGGAAGCAUGGAGAAGUUGAUGAUCGUUCAACAGUCAAUAACGUAUAAAUACUACAAUGACAUGAUAAACGAACUGUGCCAUCGUUGCAAGAGGUAUCUGAAGAUGCUAGAUGGCUGUAAGCUCGAUGAAAUGGGGGGGACAACAAAACUGGACAAACAUAGAUUCAACGUUUGUCAUAUGGCCGUUGAGGACAUCCUGCAGGCCAUAAAGAUCAACGGUACUCUACCGGACAACAACUACGUCAGGAUCGCAAUGAUUCACGCGCACAAGUAUUUGCGCUCUCUGGAAGAUAUUAUGGAAGAUCCUCAAGACGCUCUUCCUGACGUGUAUAUCUGGAUGAUCACCGGGUCCAAGAGAGUCGCUUACACGAAAUUACCUGCGUUUCUUUUAACGUAUCAAGAGAAUGAAGAAUUUCGCGGAAAGUACUCCGGGGAACGCAUCAGUCUUUUCUUCAAGGACCCUCUCGACGACACCCGAGCCAUGGACCGGAGUGCCUGUAGUGCUGAAAUAUUCAUAUGGCUCGGAACUACGAAACACGUCAAUGCCUGCUGGAGUAUGAUUCCACCGGGUUAUGAAGUGGACCACGACGCCGAGUUGGACGCCUUUCCUUCCACGUUGGAAUUCACCAAAUCUGCAACAUUCCAACUCCGGGCUCAUAUAUUUCAAGGAAGAUUCGACCCUGGGAUGGAUUCCUCGGGCCUCUCAGAUCCUUUGAUCCGAGUCAUAUUUAACGGACACACGUUGGCGACGAGAGUGAUACGUGAAACUCUGGCUCCACUCUGGGAUCAAACGCUGAUAUUCAAACCAAUCAUCGUUUAUGGAGUCAGGGAACAUAUCAAAAUGUACCCACCUAAAGUGAUAAUGGAAGCGUUUGACGAGGACUUAUGCGGAAGUCUUGAAUUUAAUGGCAGAUGCAUCGCUACUCCCGUCGUAAAAUUGAACACGGAAACGUAUUCACCACCCGAAUUUCCACCUCAGCUCAAGUGGUUCUUAUUUCACAACCAAAAAGGAGAGAACGGAGCUGCUUUGGCAGCUUUUGAACUUAUAGAGACAGGUGAAGAUGAUAUUGCAGAUGUACCGAUAAACGAGUCUACUGAUAGCAGGAUCUACAAUUUACCGGACGAUAUCAGGCCGGUCAUGUCCAGCCACCGUUUGGAGGUAAUUUUUUGGGGAGUCAGAGCCCUGAAGAAGGUCCACUACAUAACAGCAAACAAUCCGAUAAUAUCGGUGGAGUGCAACGGACAUCUCGUCAAAUCCGAGAUCAUGAGGAACUGUAAAAGUUUCAGUAAUUUCGAAGAAUCACACAUGAUGAUUGACAUUGAUCUCCCAGAGCAGGACAUCUACUAUCCUUCUCUGACCAUCAAAGCAUACGAUUCACGCAGUUUUGGAUGCUUAACGUACCUAGGAGUCACUAUAAUCCCAACCAUCUACGGGUUCAUCGGACAACUCGUAUCUGAAGAUGAGUAUUUCGAAAAAAUUAUCGACAACGACGAGUCACAUCUGCCGCUUUCGAAUGACUUCGAUCCUGACCCACCUGAGACUGAAAGAUUGAUCAGUUACAAGCAGAUGACGAGCAAGCAGGGAACAUCUCGCUUUGCAGCCUUUGUGGGAGGAAUGAAAAACAUUUUCAAGUGGAAACGAAAAAAGCAUUCAAAGGAUGAUAUCGUUUACGGUACAGACGAGGAUGAGUCCUAUGACUGGUGGAGCAAGUACUACGCAUCCGUACAGGAGGAAAGAAAUGCCGAAAUGGGACAAACGGCCAAGUACCUCUACGACAAAAAGCCAAUAGCCACGUUCAAGGGGAAGGUUACUGGCAACGUUGUCGAAGAUGACAAAAAUAAAGUUGGGAUUUUCAAGGGGCAUAUUGCGAUUUACCGCUGGCCACAUCCCUCGGGAACUGCGUGCAGAACGCGCAUCGGAAACGAUGCAGCGUUAGGGAUUUGCGAUGAUUAUCCCUCACCGGAGCCUUUGAAAGUCCUGGUUAGAAUAUACGUAAUACGAGGUAUCAAUCUUCAUCCGAGAGAUCCUUUGACCGGAAAAUCUGACCCUUACCUUCGCGUACAACUGGGAAAGACAAUAUUCGAUGAGAAAAAGAUGUACAUUGCCAAUGAGCUAAAUCCAAUAUUUGGAAAAGUUUUCGAAAUUGACGCGAUGUUUCCAAAGGACUAUCUGUUGACUAUCCAAGUCUGGGACUACGACGCGACUUCCUCCGAUGACUUGAUCGGUGAGACGAAGAUCGACAUCGAAAAUCGAUACUAUAGCAGGCACCGACCACACUGCGGAAUAUCUCGGGUCUAUACUGUGGAUGGAUACAACGCGUGGCGGGAUCGGGAAAGCCCGAUUGACAUUCUCAACUACCUCUGCACAAAGAACAACCUUCCCUAUCCCGAGUUUCUUGAAACAGAAGUGAAAAUCGGAAGCCAAAGAUUUCCGUUCACCUGUAAAAUCGAGGGGAACGCAAACCUAGAUUCGAAGGAGUGUAUGGCCUUGAACGUACUUCACCACUGGCAUGAGUUUCCAAUAUGCGGUACGACCCUGGUUCCCGAGCACGUGGAGCAACGUCCCCUGUUCAACAGUUCGAUGCCGGGUCUGGAGCAGGGUAAACUGGAGCUCUGGAUCGACAUGUUCGGCGUAAGUGACCUCCCUCCGAGGCCAGCUAUUGACAUUAAACCGAAACCACCAGAGGAUUACGAACUCCGUGUCAUCGUGUGGAAUACCGAGGACAUUCCGCUGGUCGACAAUCAGUUUCUUACUGGUGAAAAAUGCUCAGAUAUCUACGUCAAAGGGUGGCUGACCUACGACGAUCAUCAGAAAACCGACGUCCAUUACAACUCGCUGACCGGAGAAGGGAACUUCAAUUGGAGGUUCGUUUUCCGGCUGACAUAUCUAAAGGCGGAACAGAUGAUGCUCGUCAAAAAAAAGCUCUCGGUAUUCGCGAAGGACGCAACAGCGCAGAGAUUUCCCUGCAGACUGAACCUCCAAGUCUGGGACAAUGACCACUUUUCACCGGAUGACUUUCUCGGCUCGUUGACCAUUGAUCUGCCCAAGAUACCGAAGGGAAGUACGAACUCGAAGAACUGUACGUUAAAGCUGAUGGAACCUGAUGCACCAACGAUAAACCUCUUCAAAGCAAUGCGAAUUAAAGCGUGGUGGCCAUUCGUUCGAUUGGAAAAUGAAAAACACGUACAAGCGGGAAAGGUCGAAAUGGAGCUGAUUUUAGUCCCAAUCGAAGAAGCUGACGAGAAUCCCGUUGGACUCGGCAGACAUCCUCCAGAGCCAAUGGCACCGCCAAACCGACCCGAUACUUCGUUCUCCUGGUUUCGCAAUCCCUGGAAAGCGUGCCGUUUCAUAGUAUGCCGAUACUACAAGUGGAAGAUUAUUUUUGCCCUCUGCAUGAUGUUGCUGACAGUACUCAUUGGCUGUGGAAUUUACGCGUUUCCUGGAUAUUUUGUCAAACGGAUUCUGGGAGCCUGAGAGUCGAAUCAAUCGACAUGUUGCCUGGCCUUCAGCACGCAUUAGUGACGUUAAUUUUUUCCGUCAUUUUUGUAAUGAAUUUUCGAAGAAUGAAAAUAACGCAUCAUUUAAAAAAAUUCUAUAUUUAUAAAAACUGAAUAAGCAGUUUAUUACUCGCAAUAUUGCACGGAUUUUUAUGUCGACCAUCUUUAUCGAAGAACAAAUCAAGGAAAUUUUACUUAUCACGGUGAAACGUACAAUUACAAGAAAGAAAAGAGCCUAGCUUCCGUCGGUUAGCCAGAUCACUGCGUCUCCUUCGAUUGGAAGGAGGCAAGGAUCGCAGAAG